UCGCCCGUGUAGUUGGUGCGAGAAUUUUAUUUCAUUUCACAGUUGUCAGUCAAACGCUUUGUCAGGCCGCCGAGCACAUCAAUAAGCGGCGAAAAAAUACGAUUCAAUUGAAUUUUUAUUUCUCGCUUUCGGGGCGACGUGCGUGCGAGAGCCAACAAAAUAUUUGCAUGUAAAAGAAUUUUCCGCCAGGCAACAAACGGAGAAGCGAAGAGGCAGCAGCGUGAAUCAAAGGGAGAGCCAUGUCUGGUCGGGACUACAACGGAGAGCCAGGCUGUCGCAGUGCCGAGGAACUGGGCCAGAGCUACCGGCACUUCUGGGAUCCCACCGCCUACUGGCAGUGCGACGGGAAAUCGAAGGAGGAGGGGCGGGAGCGGGAUAGGGAUCGGGAACAGCCCGCCCAGCUGCAGCGUUGCCCGGCCAACGAGCUGUUCUACGACCGGGAGCGGCGGUGCGUGAAGUGGAAGGACUGGCAGUGGACCGAACCGCAGGAUCCGCCCACAAAGCCGCGCAAAUAAAACAGGACGCGCGCGUUCGCUUGUAUUGAAACAAAUUGUCGAAAAUAUAAUUAAAAAGCGCUUUUCGAUUUUU